CUCUUGUACACACUUUUUAGAAGUUCGCGAACUUGACUUUGUGAUUAAUUAAAGUGGAUACUUUUGCCUACUUGUUGUCAGCUCCUUCCAAGUUUUUACUCGAUGCCUGAGAGGGAAAAUACCAAUGAACAUGUGACGGAAACUGAAUUGACAUGUCGUCUUUUUUGUACGCCAAAGUUAUCGGUCUCUGGCAAAUUAGAUGGUGUUGAGCUGGGGAUUCCAUUUGCAGCGAACUGUUCAAAUGCAGUCACUUCAACAGGUGAAAGCUGGCGAACACAUCCGAUUGAAGUUUUCCAGCAACAUUUGAGCUCCAACAAUGACAUUAAGAAAAUGUCAAAACAAGUGGUGGAGUUCUAUCGACGUCAGGAUGAGCAUAUUCACCAAUUAGAAAAGAUCGCUGCUUCUACUGAUUCAGAAACUUCUGGUAUCAUUGAUGUAUCUACUAAUACCCAAUCUAUUCGUCAACAAGCGCGUAGAAACUCAAUCAUUUUACGUGUCAUUUUUUUUGCUAAUGUGUUGCUGUUAUUGGGUAAAGCAAUGGCAUCUGCAUUAUCAGGAUCACUGGCAAUCAUAUCAUCUUUGCUAGAUAGUUGUGUUGAUUUAGCCUCCGGUGGAAUCAUGUGGUAUGCAUCUCAUCAAAUGCGCAAAAAGAAACCAUACAAAUAUCCACAGGGUCGAACUAGGCUUGAACCAAUAGCUGUGAUCGUGCUAGCCGUGUUCAUGGCUAGCAUAUCUUUACAACUUAUAGCUGAGUCUAUACAAGCUAUAGUUCGUAUGUCGCAAAACAAGCAAGGACCCCCUAACGUUAAUAAUUUAACACUUGGAAUAAUGGCAGCUGUGAUCGGCGUUAAACUGUGUUUAUGGAUUAUGUGCAUCAAAUUUGGCAGUGGGAUGGGAGUAGAUGCUCUUAAGGCUGACCAACGUAACGAUAUAAUUAGUAAUGCUGCAUCUAUGCUAUUCGGGGGUCUUGGUGGCCGACUACCUGCCCUACUAGGUGAAAAACAAUAUGAAAAUCUCAAAUAUUUGGAUCCUAUCGGUGCUGUUCUAAUCGGUACCUAUAUUCUAUAUUCAUGGUAUCAUCUUGGUGCCGAACAAAUACGUAAUUUAGCCGGUCAUACAGCUGAUCCACAUUUCAUUCAAAUGAUUGCAUUUGUUUGCCUUAAUUAUCAUCCACUAAUUGAAAGACUGGAUACGAUCAGAGCAUUUCAUUUCGGAGCUCACUUCUUGGUUGAAGUUGAUAUUGUACUGCCUAAAGAGAUGUGUCUUAAAGAUGCUCAUGAUAUUGGUGAAGGAUUACAAAAGAGGCUGGAAAGACUUCAAACAGUUGAACGCGCUUUUGUCCACUUAGAUUAUGAAUAUACACAUCAUCCUGAAAGUGAACAUAAAAUAGCAUAAAAUGAAAUGUUUGCAGGUCUUUUUUUCUGCAUGCUUCAUGCAUGACAUGUGUAUAUGUCCUUUCAUUACUCCAUAAUUUACAUACAUAGAAACGAACACUAACUCAUAAAUUCAUUUUAUCACUAAGAAGAGACAGAGAGAGAUAGAAGGUCAAACGGAUGACAGAACUGUAUUUUAUCACUGAUAGAUGUCUUCGUCCUGACUUCCUUCGUAGUUCUAUCGUUUAUCAUCUGGUUGUCGUUUUUUAUACAAUAACGUGUUUUCUUAAACAGUUAUUUUGCAUUAGAUUCAUAUUAUGUUACAUAAUGUUUUUGUCUACUAAUUUAUUUAUAUACAAAGUCAAAGCUUGUGGCCGUAGUCGAUAGUUAACAUCCUAACAAGACAUAAAAACAAUUUUUGUACGGACCAUCUUUCAUUGUGUGUCAUCAGGUUAUGAAUACAAUAUCCAUUUUGUUUAUAUAUAUAUAUAUAUAUAUAUGUGUAAAAGAUGGAUAGAGCGGAACAAAUUAAAAACCACUAGCCAUUCAUGAAUAUUAGUGAUAUCCAUAAUAGUUUUACUAUUACUAUUGAAAAUCAGUUUUUUUGACGCCGACUUUUUAUGAGUAGAAGCAGAGGACAUAUCUUUCCUACUACCAAGAAGUUGUCUAUCUCACAUCCCCAUCUAUUUUCUUUCAUUGUUUGUUCAGUCUUUUCAUAGCAAAAUUCUUCACAUAAUUGGGAAAUGCAUGAAAUUUUGUAUGAUCUCAUCUUACAACAGGAUUUCGUAAUUUUUUUUCCUAUUCUCAUGUUAUCUGUCAAAACUAUUGUUUUUAUGGGCAUCACAUGAUUUAGUCUACUUUCUUUUUUCUGUUUGUCUGUCCAUUUUUUUUUAUAGAAUGAUUACUUUACUACUGUUUCAAUUAAAGAUUUUGCUAAAUAAAAUGGAAAAAAGCAUAUUUGAUUUGGUCACCAUUUAGCUUUGAGGCAGUGGUUGACACUAUAUUAUUUUGUACUUUAUUGUAUCUACAAAUGUUUUUACAGAUUUAAUCGCCUUUCUGUAGUCCAGACAGAUGUUAAUUUUUAAUGAUAUACAUACUUUUCAUCACACAAAUGAGUAAAUUGGUGUGAAAAUAAGUUUUCCUAGAUAUGUUUCAUUACCCAACUCUUCAGAAUAUACAAUAACUGAAGGUUUGUUGUGCAAUUAUUUACGACCUCAUAUCACUGGAUACAUAAGUUGAAUAAGUAUAAAACAACUGAAAAAUCCUUUGACUUACACCGUGCUUCUUCCAGACGCGAUAAUCUUAAUGUGUGUCCUAGUAUAACUGUAACAUUAAAGCUGCCGUAACCCACAUCAAUCAUCAGUUGUUUUUUUUAAAUUUAGAAUGAGCUCUCCAGGAG